UUUCCGACCCUCCAGCUCUUUUUCGAAUCCGGAUUUUCAUGUACGAUCGAUGGUGGUCAGUUACCAGGCGCCAUUGUUGGUCUUGACUCAAGACUUCGAUUUCGUCUGACAGACUGCGCGCAUGAAGAACAAGGCCGUUUCACCAAAGGCAUAGUACCAGAAAAGUUUGCACGUAUGACUGCCAGCAUUAAGAUACUAGAAGCUACGGUUGCUCAGCGUACAAGCACCGGGGUGCGGCCCACAAUCUCUGCAGCCCAGUCAUGUAGGUCGAAGGUCCAGGGCCUCAAUAUCGUACGCGAAUCUCAUACAGUAAUCGGACUACGACUAAGCGGCAUGAACGAGAUGGGGUACGUUUGGGCGAAGGUCGAAACACCACUGAGAACGGCUGAGGGGCGUAUUUGGGGAAAUGUGAGACUUGCUGGGCUGAGGAAUGACAUCCCAGCUCCUUUCCUGGGACUUGCAGCCGAUUGCCCAGCAGCGGAAGGCAAGCUGAAGGUAGUGGAGAAGGGUAGCAUAAUCGAGCUGCCAUCAACGACUUUGGGAGGUCGAGACAAUUCCGGGCGAGUUUGGAUAUGAGCGACUGACCACGUCUCCGGCUUGGAUAUCUUCACGUAUCAUGUAGAUUUGUCAUGUCUAAAGAUAACUCGACGUUGUCUGUCAAUGUCAGCAAGUAUCUACAGUAAGAUGCACUGAUACGAGCGUCGUAUCUCGAUUUGAC